UCACCCUGCUAGUUAUAUCGAACAAUUUAACCCCGCGCCAUCGCAUUUGUUGCAGAUAUGGCAUUAUUACCCACUCACCAAAUAAUGACCUUUACAUCUUUCUACGUCUAAGCGUGCAGCAUAAACGCACUCAUUAUAUAUCCACGGCUGUCAGCACCAUUAUAUGCCUUUCAUCUUGGCCCGUUUCUAGAGCCACAGUUAGUGGACUUCGCUGUCCUCUUACUACGUGUUUGGAGAGCAACUGUUCCGCUGAUGGUCACGCGUACCCAACCUACAUGCCGGCGGCCGUGCAGGACCAACUACAGCUGACCGCCGCCGGAAUCAUGGCGCGACCUUACCCGAACGGAGUGAAAACCCACCAACAGUAUCAUUCUCCGCAGUAUAGCAGCAUUUGGCAUAUCCCUGUCACCGGCGUUCCGAUCAGUAUUUCGAUGCCGUUCGUCCUGACCACGGCCAUGAUGCCUGGGCAACACGCCUAUAGCUAUGUGCCCUACUCGAUGAUCACUCAGGUGAUGCACUACCCCGCAAGUAGCACGUUGACAACGCGAACCCGUCCAAGUUCACCUUUGGCACCACCGCUCGUACCCGCAUCUCAACCAAAGUUCACGACACGGACGCCGGAGGAUAUUGAUGUGGCUACAAUGAAAUCACAACGAACGGAUCCUGCUCCAACGGUUACAGAAGCCACAGAACCUGUAGAUCUAUCACAACCUAUGGGAGCAAAUGAAUCAUUCGCAGCCGAUGUGCCAGCCAUGGACCUGAUCAACAACGAAAUGGAUAGAAGCAUGAACCCUGGCAUAAGUCGGGGAACUUAACCAGAGAUGAGCGGAAACAAUAAAAAUAUGGAAGAAGGAAAAGCGCUAGAAGAAGCUAUCACGGACGCGUUAGCGAAUACAAUUAAGCAGCAAGUGACUAACGAAACAGUAAUAUCGUUGAUGAACAGAAAAUUCUACAUGGUUAACUGGCUUUAGAAUACAGCCUAAGCGCUGACUUGCUGCCAUGUAAUUGAGAAUCAGUGUGUGACUAGAGCAAAUUAACAAGCUAAAUUAGGCUAAAUAAUCGACUAAUUAAUACCUACCUUUAAAACUUUAUCAGGCAUAAUCUAGACCAAAAGGCAAACCCGGAUGAUAGAGUAAUGAGAUUACUAGAAAUCCUGAAAAUAUUAGCGUCACCGUUACACGCUACAUGGAUGACCGUUUAUUUAAGUAUAACUGCAUAUGAUAUAUGAGUAAUUAACUAUAAUUAUAAUAUAUCUUUGAAAUACAUCGGUUUAGCAGAGAUCUUGAAUAUCGCCAAUCUCCAAAAGCUAAGACUAUUAGUUUUACCAGUUUCAUUCUUAAUGUAGCACGCAUUUGUUCUUAUAUGUUUCAUGUUAAGGUUCUCUCAUAAAUUCAGUGAAAAAGUCACAAAAAAGUUUAUUCAAUGUUUAUCGAAUGAGAUGAUUUCUUGCAUUUACACCUCGUCCUUUAUGGCAUAUAUAAAUAGAAGCUUUAACUAACACACGACAGAUGAUGCUCUCUUUGAUAAAUCCUGCAAAUACAAAAAACGUUUGCAACGCUUUUUUGCAAUCCCUACGUGGAAUCCCUCACCGAACAAAACCCGCACACGUAGCAUUGGCCGAGGAGCCGGCCGCAGAACUUCGUACCCCCGACCUGAAGCAACUCGACCUUCUGCAGGAAAUAUUUUCUAAUCCGAAUGUCGCUGACGAAAAGAUAGCAGCCGCUAUGAAAAGCUUUGACAAAGCGCCGAUUGACAAAUCGGUCCGGGAUUUAGCCAACAUUCUUAAGCUUCUCGUAACUGAACACCAGCUUUCACUGCAAUCUCUCCGCAUUAUUUCCGUAGCUAUGGACAAGCUAUCCAUCCGCACCAAUAGAGAAGCAUUAACUUCGGUGGUGAACACCAGGGUUGAACCUUCUGCUCAGCCUGUUUCCAUACUGUCGUCACGUGCACGCCGAGAUGUGCUUCCGCAUCCAGGACAUCCUGACAAACGAACAGGGGCCUAUGACGAUUUUUCUAAUUAUGAAUCUUUCGGCGACCUUAGCCGUCCUCGUCAGAAGAGGUUCUCGUACCAUACAAUCGGUGCGUUAGCUCUUCUCGCGUUAGCAACCUCGCCGUACCUCUGGGGCGGACCUUUUGCAUUCGGCCCAUGGGCCUACCGCUACGGCUACCCCGGAUAUUAUCCAGGGUACGUGCCCGUAGCUGCUCCUCCGGCAGCGGCAGCAGCAGCAGCAAUAGCUAAGAAGUGAGAACUAUUCAACCCACCGAGGAAGGCUUAACAUAAGCUUCAUAAACAUCGUAGCUGAGAGGUGUGUAUGGGAAGUGGUCAGACUGAACGAACACUAGAACCACUACACGCAGACACAAUAACUAUUCAUUGCGAUAUCAUUGCUCAUUCUCUGUAAUGAUCUCUCGUGAUGUUUUUAGUUUUAGAAAAUGAAAUUCGAUAGUAGGUGGACGCUCGAUGAUGUCUAAAGCACAGCGUAUGUUAUUGGGGUUCAGCCCGCUAUCAUGAAAAUUGAACAUGACAGCGCAAACAUUAUCGAUCUGGAGGGUCGUAGCCACUGCGGCCGAACGUUUAAGUAUGGACGCUGUAACACUAUUAUUGCAUUAGAGAAUGAACCAACUUCCUUUAUCUAAACGGCAGGAAAUAUAACGAAGUCCAACACGUCUUGAGGAGGCUGGCUGCACUCGAUCAUCUAAACAUAUAUUGUGAUUCUCAAAAGCAGUGAGAAAGACUGAGCGUACGCGGUUGUGCAGAUACAUAUGAUACACAGAUGCGUGCAGAGAUGUGCAGAUACACAGAAAAAUAAAAAUGCAAAGAACUACCAUAUAGUUCGUUAUAAACUUCAUAAAUAAACAGGCAAACACAGGCGAAAUUGCUCUUAAACAUACAUCAGCC